AUGGAUGAGAGAUGCAUUAUUCUGGAUGUUGGUGGACGCAUAUUCAAAACGCGGCUCAAAACACUGAAUGCUGUUUCCGGAUCAUAUUUCAGCCAGCUGCUCACUGCCAACAAUGGCCAUCCGCCCAGUUCGGACGGAUAUGUAUUCAUCGAUCGUGAUGCUGAUGCAUUUCCGACAAUACUGGGUUAUUUGCGCCAUGGAAUCAACUACCCGCUUCCCGAUGAUGACUGUUAUAAGCUUAGCCGGAUUGCCUAUGAAGCCCAGUUUUACAAGCUUCCUGAAUUAGCGAAAUGUGCCGAAAGGGCUCGUAUCUACGCCAAUUUGAAUUUCAUGUCACCGAAAAUGGCCCUCACAAAAUCACACAGCUCAUUAGAGAGAUCCAAGAAUCGAGCAACAGCAACUGCAGCAGCUCCAGUCUUAUCAAUACGUAGGGCUAUUAUUCCUAUUCAGUUCCAACGUUAUAUUCAAAUUCACUUCAAACGCUCAGCAAAUUUCUGGAUUUUCAGACACGUUGUACACAUUGGGUGGGCAGAGGAUGGACAACGCAUUGUGGUCGAUCGUAGUGGCAGCGAACAGAAAACGCUAAAAUCUAUUGUGCGCGCUGUUUGUGCUGAAAUUUCUCAACAGCCGGUAAUUUUGUACUAUUCAGAAAUUUUAGUAUACAUUGUUUUUCGAUAUGUAUUGCAUAUUCAGCUGGUGUACAGUAUGGUGGAUGCGGAUGAGGAGGAAGGUCGCAGUGAAUCGGUUGAGGUGUUCUUCGCAGGUUCAACCAUCCGAGCGCUUGACAGCAAAUGCAACUCAAAUUCAUCCUCCAACUUAAAAACUGCCCUCUAUGAUAACUGUAUGUAUGAGGUGGUCAAUAGUCAGAACAACAAUAACUUGUAUUCGAAACCUGUGAAAAAAUGUCCUAUCGUUACUGAUAUGUAA